AUGGAUAGUGAUGAAGAGGAAGUUUUACUUUUAUUAGCCUUAAUUGACUCACCAGUUAAGAAAAGAAUUUGGAUCCAUGACAUCAAUAGACAACACCGAAUUCAUGGGGAAUUCCACACUUUAUAUCCAAGAUUAAGAUUGGAUGAAGAUCGGUUUUUUAAUGCAUUCAGAAUGACGACUGAGAACUUUGAUGAAAUAUUAAAUAUGAUAAAGGAAAAUAUCAGCAAAUCAUUCACUAAAUAUCGAGAACCCAUAUGCCCUGAAGAACGCUUAGCAAUAACGUUGAGAUUUUUAGCAAGUGGAGAUUCAUUUCGCUGUAUUGCAAACAGUUAUAGAGUGGGUUGCUCAACUGUCGCAGAAAUUGUUGAUGAAGUUUGUGAUGUUAUUUGGACUACAUUACAACCCAUAUACAUGAAGCCUCCUACAGAAGAAAUGUGGAACUUAACAUCUGAAGAGUUUUAUAAUAUGUGGCAAUUCCCCAAUUGCCUCGGCAGUAUUGAUGGAAAACAUGUCACUAUCGUUUGUCCGCCUAAUUCAGGCAGCAAUUAUUUUUGCUACCUCAAAAAAUUUUCUGUCGUCCUUAUGGCAAUAGUAGGACCACACUAA